AUGAAUGAUGCUCUGCCAACAACGAACAAAACAAUUGGUGGAGCUGGUCAUUGGGGUACCGAGGCUGAGAUUAGUAUGAGCCGAAAAACGUACUUUUGGUUUGAGUUGGCACUGCGAGUAUUCCCGAAUGUGAACUACAUUUCGAAGGGAGACGAUGACAUGUUCCUGCGAGUACCACAGUUCCUCGCUGAUCUGCGUACACUACCACGGCGUGGGACCUACUGGGGAAAGCUCUGGAGG